AUGUUCCACCACAAGAAGAAUAUGGGCGAUACCCCGAAGGAGGUGCUCAAUUGGCGCAUGUGGUAUGGAGUAUUUGUCUUCGGCAUGAUGGGUGCUGCUCGUGGUCUUGAUGAAGGUCUCAUUGGAACUACCGCCACCCUACCAUCGUUCUCCAAUCAGUUCCGUCUCAAGGAUCCUGCCUUGAGCGAAGCUGAACAGGACAAUAGACUCUCCAAUAUCACGAGUAUGGUCCAGCUCGGCUCCAUCCUUGGUGCUCUCAUCGGCUUCUACAUCACAGACAAGAUUGGCCGUCUUUGGGCAACUCGUGAGUUAUGUGUCGUCUGGGUGUCCGGUAUCGCCAUUUAUCUAGGAGCUGCCGCCCACGGAAGUCUGGGAAUGAUUUAUGCUGGUCGUUUCAUCGCUGGCAUCGGCAUAGGGCAGACUACUGUCGUUGCUCCAACAUAUCUCGCAGAGACAGCCCCAAGAGCCAUCCGUGGCCUGUGUGUCUGUAUCUUCUCCGGAAACGUGUACCUAGGUAUUAUGCUUGGCUAUUUUGCUGCAUAUGGCAGUAGCCUGCACAUCGCCAAAACAAGCUCUUUCCAGUGGGUGAACUGCAAUCUACUCCACAUCUACUUUGCAUUCAUCAUCUUCACUGCUAGCUGGUUCGCAAAAGAAUCGCCUCGAUGGCUCAUCAAGGUGGGAAGACACGAAGAAGCAGCCAAAGAGAUGUCAACCCUCCGGAAUCUGCCAAUCGAGCACCCCUACGUCCAGACCGAGAUCAUUGACAUCAACGACCAACUGAAUCGUGAACGCGAGGCUACUCUAGGUCUUGGAUGGAUGGGAUACGUCAAAGAGCUUUUUCUAAUCCCUGCCAACCGGUACCGUGUUAUGCUCUCCGUCAUGUCGCAACUGCUUGGCCAAUGGUCUGGCGCAAACAGCAUCACGAUAUACGCCCCCGAGUACUUUGAAAUGGUUGGACAGACUGGCACAGAAGAGAAGCUAUUCGCCACCGCCAUUUUUGGCGUUGUCAAGUUCGUAUCUGCCAUGCUCUGCGCCUUCUUCCUGAUCGACUGGAUCGGCCGCAAGCGCGCAUUAUACACUGGUAUUUCGCUCCAGGCCUUUGCAAUGCUAUACAUGGCACUCUUCCUCGUCAUCGACACAACUGUGGAUGACGAAAGUAUUCCUCAGAGUCCAUCACAAAAACGGGCUGCUAUUGGAGCCAUUGUCAUGAUAUACCUGAGCGGUUUCGGAUGGGCUAUGGGCUGGAACAGCAUCCAAUACCUGAUUAACUCGGAGAUCUACCCUCUACGCCUGCGUGCCAUCGGUGGCUCACUCGCCAUGACUGUGCAUUUCGCAAACCAAUACGGUAACUCCAAGGCUGUGCCAAGCAUGUUCACCGGUCUGACAACUGGUGGAACCAUGUUUUUCUUCGCCGCCAUCACUUGUAUUGGCCUGAUCUGGGUGUACUUCUUCUUACCGGAGACCCAAGGCAAGAGUCUCGAAGCCAUGGACGCUAUGUUCUCACUCCCAUGGUACCUCAUCGGCCGCAAGGGCGCUCAAAUGACCCAGGGCAUUGGAAGCACUGCUGAGGUCUACGGCAUGGACGAAAAAGUGCCUGAGAUUGAGACGUUGGAAAGAAUUCCAUCAGAGUCUAGGGAGAAGCGUGCAGAUGCAUGA